GAAUUUUUCUGUCAAAUUUGACAACUAUCGAGAAGUUAUCGUCGUUCUCCAACAUUUGUGCUAAAAGUUUGCGAGAAAUUUCGUAAAAAUUUGCCAAAAAAUUGUAAAAUAAAAAUUUUCACCCCAAAAUCGAAUUAAAAUUGUGAAAAAUAAAUUUAUUAGGCACAAUAAUGCAAUGACAGAGAGACCACCAGCAUCAUUUCGUCAGCAAUUGCGGGCCAGUAUUGUCCGAAAUCUUCGAUUGAAGAUCCGCGACUCGAGGAAGACGACAGCUGAAAUUUUUCUGCCACUUUACACCCUCGGAACCCUCAUUGUGCUGAAAAUUUUAAUUCCUAAUCCGAAUUUUCCGGCAAUUUUAGAGCCACAUGGAACUGGAAAGGUCUUUGAACAGUUUGAUGCAUUAAAAAAUCACACGGUAGCUGUUGUGCAAAAUGGAAAUGGCAGUCGACAUCACACAGUGCAGUAUCUCGAUGCAGUCAACAACCUGUACUCAUCCAUGCAUCCAGCAUCUGAUACAUUUAAAAUCAGCUGGCAAUUCUACGACAAACAAUCAGAGCUAAUUGCUGCAUAUUGGCGGGAUCCAUACUCAAUGCCACUUGCUCUAGUAUUCCACAAUGAUGAUCCAUAUAAUGGUCAACUUGACUAUGAGAUUCGAACUAAUCCAUCAUUUUAUGUGGCACCAUCAACAACUGAACUGUUCUCGAAUCCUGUGUCUUGUAGGCAGAAUGAUGAUAAUUAUUUAGCGCAAAUGAUCCCAAUUGAGAUGGGUGAUGCGUGUCCUGUUAAUCAGUAUUACUAUUCUGGAUUCAUCGCGUUACAGACGUUGCUCGAUUAUACUAAAAUUAGUCUAACAUCAUCAUGUACAGACUUUCGUCUGCCAACAAUAUUUCUCGAAAUGUUUCCAAAAGAGCCCUACACUGGCAACUGGCUCGUUGCAUUUCGUGUCGUCAUUCCAAUCUACAUGGUCAUGGCAUUAUCACAAUUCAUAACAUAUCUGCUCAUAUUGAUUGUUGGUGAGAAGGAGAAGCAUAUUAAGGAAGGCUUAAAGAUUAUUGGCCUACGUGAUUCUGUAUUUUGGGCUGCUUGGUUCGCUAUAUACGGAGUGUUUGUAACAUUCUUAACAUUAGUAUCGGUUGUGCUGCUUUUUACACUUGGAGUAUUUCAGUAUACGAAUUAUUUUCCAGUAUUUUUGCUCAUUCUGCUGUAUAGUCUUAGUGUCAUUGUCAUUGGAUUCAUGAUUACACCAUUCUUCGAUAAUUCCAGGACCGCUGGAAUUCUCGGCAACUUCAUUGUCAAUAUCAUGUCAUUAUUUUACUUUAUUCAAGUAUUUCUGGACAGUGAAGAAACAUCUGCGGCAUUAUGGAUAGUUUCGCUCAUAUCACCAACAGGGUUUGCACUAGCUAUGGAUAAGAUUAUGGUUUUAGACAUUAAGGGUGAAGGAGUUACGUUAAGUAACUUAUGGAGUGGUCCUGGCAUCCCACUCGGUGGAUCAAUCCUUAUGAUGGCAUUCGAUAUAAUCUUGUAUUCACUUCUGGCUUUAUAUUUGGAUGCUGUUGUACCGAGUGAACAUGGAACUAAGCAGACUCCAUGUUUCUGCUUCUAUCCAUCAUUUUGGAUAACUAAGAAGGAAGUCAAGGUUCCAUUACUGAAUGGGGAAUCAACAGUUAAUUCAUUCAACAAUUAUGAAGCUGAUGUUGAGCCUGUACCAAGAGAAAUGAGAGGUAGAGAAGCUAUCAAGAUUGUGGAUCUGGUUAAAGUGUUCAAUACUUGUUGCAAUGAUGAGCCUGUCACAGCUAUCAAUGGAAUCAAUUUAACAAUUUAUGAAGGUCAAAUAACAGCAAUCCUAGGUCACAAUGGAGCCGGCAAGUCAACACUCUUCAAUGUCAUGACAGGCUUAACAUCACCAACUUAUGGAACCUGCUAUGUCUUUGGAUAUGACAUCAGAAACCAUUCAGAUAUGACAAUGAUCAGAAGAAUGACUGGUGUCUGUCCACAACAUGACAUUCUCUUCGACGACUUAACACCAAGAGAACAUUUAUACUUCUUUGCUGCUGUUCGAGGCAUUGAUGAGUCAGAAAUUGAAAGUGAAGUCACCAAGACGAUUAAGGAUUGCGAUCUGGGAGAGAAUAGCGACACAGUUGUGAAGCAUUUGAGUGGUGGACAGAAAAGGAAGUUGUCUGUUGGAAUUGCUAUCAUUGGAGAUCCACGGAUUAUUAUAUUUGACGAGCCAACAGCUGGUGUUGAUCCUUAUUCGAGAAGAUGUUUGUGGCAGUUGCUGCAGUCGAUUAAGAAGGGGAAGGUUAUAUUGCUGACGACGCAUUUUAUGGAUGAAGCUGACAUCCUAGCAGACCGCAAAGCAGUCAUAACACAAGGACGACUUCGUUGUUGCGGCACAUCGCUAUUUCUGAAAAACAAAUUCGGUAUUGGCUAUCAUUUAACAUUAGUCCUCGACUUAAAAGCUAGAACAACCCCGAUUUCAAACUUAAUAAAUCUUCAUGUACCUAAAGCUGAGAAGGCACGACACCAUGGACGAGAAUUGAGUUACAUAUUGCCACAUGAUGCUGUCCAUAAUUUUGCGCCCUUAUUCAGUGACAUUGAGGGAAGCACUGGACAACAGUUGGGAAUAUUAAGCUAUGGAGUGUCGAUGACAACAUUAGAAGAAGUCUUUCUGCAACUAGAAAAUGACAAAGAAGGCGAAGACUACGAAAGUCACACAAAGAUCGUUCAAUCUCGAGCAAUAAGUCGCAGCAUGUCACUCCAAGGACGCUCUGGUAGCUCAACAUCUGUUGUCAUUGAACCCACCGAGUCAUAUGACAUGAAAGGAACAAUUCGCUCGUUACCUGAACGUAAAUCAAUGGCUUAUGCAGUUGAACAUAUUGAAAUAGACACCAGCGAUGAGCCACCAUUAAUAAGAUCAAAUGAAAGUGCAAUUAAAUCUAGUUGGAUGGAACUUGAUGACAUAACACUUCAGCCAUCAAUUUGGUCGAUAACUUAUGCAUUAUUGAAGCUACGUGUGACGAUACUGAUUAGAGAUUUGCAACGAUUAUACCUCAUGAUUCUAGUUCCACUACUUUGCUGUGGUGUUGGAUUGUACUUGAACUCUAUACAGGUCGUAACACCAACAAUGCGAUCUAUUUUGCUCAAUAAUGAUACAUAUGAGGAUGCUAAGAUUGCUGUGAUAGGCAACUACAACAAAAAUCCAAAUGAAAUUUUUAACGCAAUGGACAUAUCAAAUUUUGACGACGGACCAGAGACGGGUCCUGGUGACUACAUAGACGAUCCACCAGUAAUUUUAUCAUCAACAUCAAAUGCAAUAAUUGAUGAACUCAGGAAACUCAUCAACAUCGAUGAAUCAUUUACUGGCAGUUACGCUUUGUUCCUUAAUUUUACACCGCACAUGGCAGCUUUUAAUUUUACAUCAGCAACAUGCAGCAAUAUGACAUUGACGGUCCUUUAUAAUGAUACAGCAAUGCAUAGUCUACCUGUGGCAUUGAAUAUCCUCUCGAAUGCAAUUUAUCGAACAAUUUCACCAUCUGAGGAUAUCCGGCCAAUAGAAGUUCAAUCACAUCCAUUAAUGAUUACAGCACAAAGUCAAGAAUUCAAUAUUGGGACAUUCUCAACUGCUCUGUUUAUUGGAAUGAUCUUUGUUCUUAUUCCUGUAUCUUUAGCUAUUGAUAUGGUCUACGAUCGUGAAAUGCAAGCUAAGAAUCAACUUCGAGUCAAUGGACUUGCCAUCACUUUGUACUUUACGUCAUUUUUCGUCGUCAUUUUUGGUCUCACAAUCAUCAUUUGCAUCUUCUUACUCAUUAUGGUCUUUGCCAUGGACAUUCCAUCAUUUCAACAUCCAUCAGCACUUGUAACAAUUGGUCUAUUUAUCAUCAUUUACUCACCAUCAGCAAUUCUAUGCAGCACAUGCUCUUCAUACUUUUUCGACAAAACUGACUCAGCUUUAACAUUUCUUCCAAAUAUUUUAACAUUUGCCGGUUGUGUGCCAUUCAUUCUUGUUGCAUUCUUGGACAUGAUGGGAAUUGAUGCAAAGGCAACAAUCUUAUUGCAUUAUUUCCUGUCCAUACUCAAUCCAAUGUACAUUCCGUAUGCAUUAAUCUAUUUCGUUGAUCGAAUCUACAUUGCAUGCAGCAUAAGUAAUGCUUGUUCAAAUCUCACAAUUGCCAAUUACAUGACCGAGGAGAUUAUUGUUAUAUUGGCAAGUUCAUUACUCCAUAUUCCAAUUUGGUCGGUGUGUUUGAUGAUUGCGGACAUAAAGAAAAAUGGCGGGAAAAUUAGAGAUUUGAUUAAAAGGAAGAAGAACGAGUUGGAGGAACCAGUUGAAGAAUAUACUGGAGAUUAUGAGGAUAGUGAUGUUAAAAUGGAACGGGAGAAAGUUGCAAAGAUGUCAAUGUGUGAACAGAGCGACGAGGCUGGACAACCUAUCGUUAUUGUUAAGAAUCUUCGCAAAGACUUCAAGGAAUCAAGCCUCUUCUCAUCAUGCUGUACACCAGGAAAUGGUGAAAAAACAACAACAGCCAUUCGAUGCCUUUCAUUUGCUGUUGAACCAGGUGAAGUUCUCGGUCUCCUCGGUCAUAAUGGUGCUGGAAAGACAACAACAUUGAGGGUCAUGACUGGCGAGAUUGCAGCAACAAAAGGACAAAUUAAUAUUGGCGGGAAGAAUAUAACAAGCAGUCAUAAUGAUGUGUUCAAGAUGAUGGGAUAUUGUCCUCAAUAUGAUGCAUUAUGGAAGAAUGUAACAGUUAGGGAGCAUUUGGAGGUUUAUGCAGCUAUCAGGGGUGUUGGUGUUAAGGACAGGAAAAGACUGAUAAAUACGUAUCUUCAUGGCCUACACAUAACUGAGCAUGCAAACAAGCAAACAAGACACCUUUCAGGAGGCACCAAACGUAAAUUGAGCUAUGCAAUUGCUAUGUUAGGAUCACCUAAGAUUGUGCUGCUUGAUGAACCAUCAACUGGAAUGGAUCCAAAGUCAAAGAGGUUUUUAUGGGACACCAUUUUAGCGAGCUUUCAAGGAUCACGUGGAGCAAUCUUGACGACUCAUGCAAUGGAAGAAGCUGAUGCUCUGUGCUCUAAAGUAGGAAUUAUGGCAAAAGGAGAGCUAAGGUGCCUCGGAUCAACGCAGCAUCUCAAGAACCUCUACGGAGCUGGCUACAAUCUAGAAGUUAAACUAAAGCACCUCGAUGCCUUACACACAAGUUCCUCGUUCGAUAAUAUUCAAGUGCAAGCGAAGAAAGAAUGUAAAAAUUUUGUCUUUGAAAUGUUUCCAAAUGCAAAGAUUGAGGAAAGUUUUGGUGAUCGAAUUGUGUGCUCGAUACCACAGGAUAAUGUGAGCUCGUUGGCACAGUGCUUUGAAAAGUUGGAGAAAGUCAAACUAACACUAGGAAUUGAAGAAUACUCAUUUAGUCAAACAACACUGGAGCAAGUGUUCCUUAAACUUGCACAUUACGAGGACGAUAUCAAUAGUGAAAUUAGAAUUGAGUAAAAAUUUAAAAAAAUUAAAUAAUCUAAAAACAGUCAUUUUUCUCGUCAAUAUCCACCAAAAUGUCAACAACAAUAACAAAAUGCUGUUGAAUCUGAACACAGUUAUUAAUCUUAUCAGACUAGAUGAAAAGAGAAUAAAAAAAUAAAAUUUAAAAAAUAAUAUAAAGAAAAGUUGAAAAAUUUGUGAAAUAUAGAAGUGAAUGGGAUUUUGAGUGCAAUGUUUAGUUGGGGUGGGAAACUAAGAUUCGGCGUGGACAUAAUUUGAUUAAUCUGUUCUUGAGCAAGCUGUCUUGGCUCCUGCAAAUUGAAAUGAAAGUUUUAUUUUUGUUGCUAAAAUGCAAAGAAUUUU